GUGACAGUAUGAGUUUUUCGUAAAAAUAAAUAUUUUCAUCCAGUUUUAUCGAAUGAAAAUACGGUAAUACUGAACGAAAAUUCGUAGUCAACGAAAUGAACUAGUCGAAUACGCCCAAUGUUGUUUUUUUUGUGGAGGCGUGCGUCAAUAUACAAUGGGAACCCUCAGCCGUGCCGGUAGGCAUAACAUUUUACACAAGAUACUCUCUACUUUUCCAGCUGGUAUCAACUACGCAUUUGCAUAUGGUUCAGCUGUUUUUAAACAGCAGAAUAAUAUCGAUUCCAAGAAUAUGAUUGAUUUGAUAUUUGUGGUUGAUGAUCCUUCCGAGUGGCAUGCAGCAAACCUCCACCAGAAUUUGCAUCAUUAUUCCAUGCUGCGGCAUUGUGGGAGUGAUUCCAUAGCUAGUAUACAGGAUAACAUUGGAGCUGGUGUGUACUAUAACACAAGAGUUGAGUGUCAAAAUAUGGUAUGUUGCUUAAUGUUAU